AUGUCCAAUGGUGUCUUAUACAGUGUACUCACUAAUUGUAAAGCUGAAACUCUCACAUUAGAAGCCAAUUUAUCUUUCUAUUAUUCUAGGACCAGUAAAUCAUGGAGUGAAAAAGAUGGUGUUCCUGUUAUUGGUGCUGAUGACUAUUGUUAUACUCAUCUCAUUCAUAAAUUGUUCAGAAAUUAUGACAAACUAAAACAAUAUGAUGCAUUUGUAUUGAAUUUAAUUAUUGUUCAAUCAACACAAUUACCAACAAGUAUCACCGGAACUACCAUUUCAUUCUAUCAAUUAAGUAAAGACACGAGAAAAAUAUAUUAUGUAAUUAAAAAUGUCAAUCCUGGUCGAUUCAGAAUUACUAAAGAAGGAUUUGAACCAGAAGAUUUCACAAUUGAACCAAAUAAACAUAUUCUUACAGAAUUCUUAAAUAAGUAUGACAACACUGAUAAAGACACUAAUGGAGCAUUUUUGUCAUAUGGGACAGUAUGUUUUGUAAAAGAGAAACUUUGCGAGAAUGAUGAUGGUAUUCAAUUCAAUGUUAAAAUGCAAUUCAUUGGAUUUAGACAACAAAGUCUUGAUGACAUUGAUGAUGAUAGAAUUACAAUAGGAUUUACAACAACAAAUUAUCUUCCAAAGAAAUUCUUAAAGAAGAAAAAUCUCAAUUAA